ACAUGUCCCAUGUUACAUCAUGCCCUACAUAGCACAGUUUAUCUUCACACGGAGAUCCACGAUUCCAGCACCGUUGGCUGAAGACUGCCUGUUUCCGUCCCGGCCUCUGAUCUGGGUCCCUGCUCUUUCCUGCUUUGCCCCCCACUCCAGCCUUCACCACGCUGACCCCGUUCCUGUGGGCUUAAGAGGUCUUCAGUCAGAAGCCCUCAGGCCCCUGACAUUUAUGGGAUCACAGACCAAGAAGGUCCUGCUAACGCCCCUCAUGCACCCAGCUCGCCCUUUCCGGGUCUCCAACCAUGACCGAAGCAGCCGGCGUGGGGUGAUGGCCAGCAGCCUAAAGGAGCUCAUCAGCAAGACUCUGGAUGCCCUGGUCAUCACGGCUGGGCUGGUCACGCUGGUGCUGGAGGAGGACGGCACGGUGGUGGACUCGGAGGAGUUCUUCCAGAGCCUGGGAGACAACACACACUUCAUGAUCUUGGAGAAAGGACAGAAGUGGACGCAGGGUGCUAAGUACGGCCCAGUCGGCAGGCAGCCGAAGAAGUCAGGAAUCGCUAGAGUCACCUUGGACCUGUACAAGCUGAACCCCAAGGACUUCCUGGGCUGCCUCAACGUGAAGGCCACCAUGUACGAGAUGUACUCGGUGUCCUACGACAUCCGCUGCACAGGGCUCAAAGCCAUGCUGAGGUAGGACGGGGCCGACCUCGG